AUGACGAAUCCAGCCUGCCCUCCCCCUCCGCACCCCCCGCCCCCUUCCCAUGUGCCCAUAAAUAAUCUUUUUAUUCCCUGUGACUUUCCUCUGUCUGCAGUGUCUGUGCUUUUCCUCGUCCUGAUGUGCCUCGACCUUCGCGUCCGGGUUUUCUCGGUGCCCAUCUGUGCCCACGGGCACGCGGGGUGCCAGCUCCUUUCCCUGGCAGAUCUCUUUGACAGGGUCAUCCAGCACUCCGCCCGCAUGCACGGCCUCUCCAACGACCUGCACUCAGAGUUUGAGCAGUACUUUUUCCCGAGCAAAAAUCAGAUCGGCAGAGUCAACCGGAAGUGCCACACUUCCAACAUCCUCACGCCGAACGGCAAAGAGAAUGCCCAGAGACUGGCCAGGGAGGAGCUGACGGAGGUGAUUCUGAAGCUCCUGGUGGCCUGGAGAGACCCCCUGUCGCAGUUCCACCAGAGCAUGGCACGGCACGACGACUUUAAUGGCUUCAGCAGCAACAAGGCGCUGGAGAUGAGCGACAUGGUGCACGAGCUGAAGAACGGGGUGGAGAAGGUGGCCGAGAAGAUGCAGCUCCUGGGGAUGAUCAGUAACUCUCUGAGCGGGGUGUCCUCGGCCGAGGCCCUGCUCCCCUCCCCCGCCAGCGGUGAGAGCCACUCCAUGAGCGACUACGAACUGCUGCACUGCUUCCGCAGGGACUCCAACAAGGUGCAGAACUACCUGAAGAUCCUCAAGUGCAGGAUCGUUCCUGAGCACGGCUGCUGA